AUGCUGUUUAGCAGCUCUGACCUGACGAGCAUUGGUGGGGUGUUUGUUGUGUCGGCGGCGGUGCUGGGGCUCAUCGUAGCCGGCACGCUACUUGGCUGGUCCGGCGCAAAUCCGCUUGUGACGGCCCCCCGAAGUCUUCCACGUGAUGCUGCUGCCGCACCUUCAACGUCACUCGCCGAGUACCACCGCUACCUCGUUUGUAGUCUUCGCACGGCCGGCGGGCUCAUCAUUACCGACUUUUCCCUUCUCACCCAACUUGUCAAUGCGUACCCCAGCGACGCCUUUUGGGUUGACUUUAAGAACUGGUUUAACACCACCGGCUUUGCGUACCACGGCAUCGCUCUGGAGUUUUCCACUGCGUAG